ACACGGUUUUGAUAAAUAUUAAAUACAAUUUUUAGUGCCACCACUCGCUCGAAGAUCUCUGUCGCUUUUGACAGUCGCCCAAGGACCCUUUGUCUGCGCAUGCGCACAUCAUCUCACGUCAUCCGGCGAGAAGAGACGAUCAGUUAAAAAAAACUUACCACGGGGAAGUCGUAAUUCUCCUCGCACGCACAAAAGAAGCCCUUUUUUUCCUGUUUUUGGGGUUUGUUUUUGAUGUUCUUUGUGAACAUCAGCGGGUCGUCUGACGAUAUGAGUUAGCUUAUCUUGACAGGUAAUUUUGCUGGCAUUGCCUCGGUGAAAAUGGAGCGGGAGUUUGAGGACAUUGAAUCGGAGGGCCGGUGGCACAAAUUGUACAUGGAGAUCCGAAGUCAGUCCCACGAGUGCUCCUACAAAGUGGCCAAGUAUCCCGAGAACCGGAGCCGCAACAGAUACAGAGAUGUCAGCCCGUUCGAUCACAGUCGAGUGAAGCUGAAGAGCGCCGACAACGACUACAUCAACGCCAGCCUGGUGGUGAUGGAGGAAGCGCAGAGAUGUUACAUAUUGACUCAGGGUCCCCUCAGGAACACGUGUGGCCACUUCUGGCUCAUGAUCUGGGAACAAAAGACCAAAGCCAUCGUCAUGCUCAAUAGGGUGAUUGAGAAAGGCUUGGAAAAGUGCGCUCAGUACUGGCCCGUGGCCGAGGAGCGCGAGAUGGCAUUCAGGGACACGCGCUUUCUCGUCACACUGCUGUCGGAAGACGUGAAGUCUUACUACACCACCAGAGCGUUGGAGCUGCAGAACAUGAGUACUGGGGAGAAGCGGGAGAUCCACCACUUUCACUACACAACAUGGCCCGACUUCGGUGUGCCCGAGUCGCCGGCGUCCUUCCUCAAAUUCCUGCUGAAGGUGCGCGAGUCCGGGGCGCUGGGCACCGACCACGGCCCCGCCGUGGUGCACUGCAGCGCCGGCAUCGGACGCUCGGGGACCUUCUCGCUGGUGGACACGUGUCUCGUGCUGAUGGACAGAAGGAAAGAAGAGUCGCCGUUGGACAUCCGGAGGAUCCUGUUGGACAUGCGAAAGUACCGCAUGGGUCUCAUCCAGACGCCCGACCAGCUGCGCUUCUCCUUCAUGUCCGUCCUCGAAGGAGCCAAGUGCAUCUUGGGGGACUCGUCGCUGCAGACUCAGCGCCGGCAAGACCAGGAGCCCACUGCUGACUCGCCGGAGAGAUGCAACGGCGGCCAGCAAGCAGGACCGACCGGCGAGGAAAACGACGACAAACAUGACAGCGAGAGGCCAAGCCAGUCGCCAGAGCAGGACAACAGCACCACGCACAAACGACGUCGGGACGAGAGUUUCUCCACAGGCCAAAGCCAGAGGACCGAUGCUGCCGACAAGAAGCGGAAAAGAUCAAAGAGCAGCGACUCCUGACCGGGCACCACCAACCUGAGGCUGCGUUCGACAGCAGCUACAACAACAACAAAUCGUCAGGGAAAACACCAAACUCUCUGUUCUGCUUCUUCUUCGCCAGCACCUUCUGUUCCUCUUCCUCUGCAAACUGUUUACAGCACCUACUAAAAAA